AUGGGUCGUCGCACCAAAUGCGCGUCCAGCUUGACCGAGUCCGCCACCACCAGCACCACCAGCACCACCAUUCCGUCCGUCUUCAAGACCAGUCCGUCUUUCUCUCCGGACGUUGAGACAAGGGUACAUGAUUCCCAAUUGCACGAGCAGGGCGUGCCUCUUCAGACCCUAGCAGCUGCGUCGUCCUCCACAGCUCGAUCCACUGCCUCAUCGUCACCUUUCCCGCCCCAGCCGAGCGAGGCGGAGAGUUCGUCCAACACUGGCCCAAGGGAGUCAACGCCGGUUGUGCGCCCCUCGUCGCGCUCAUCGUCAUCCUCGACUUCUAUAGCUGGCCAUGAUCCUGCAUCUCCGAGCCUCAGCGAGGCAAUAGCAGAGCCGACUCUUGGCCGCCUUGACCACCAGCUCGACGAAGCCGACAUGGCCUCCAAGAAGACGCCAAUGCUUCGUGCCAUGGAUGGUUCUCGAUCCGUCUCCUCUCCAUAUGGCUCCGUCACUCUUAGCCAGGACGCCUCUCCCGUGAGCAGCGAUUCCGAAGACGAUAAUAACCACCGGCUUCGUCGAAUCGGUUCUCAGAAUCGGAGCCAGUUGAGUCUAAGCUCGCGGCGGUCCAUGACCUCAUGGCGAUCCGAAGACCUCGACGGAACCGCCCUAAUGUCCGGGCUGGAGGGCCGCUUCGGAAUAGCAGAAUCAGCCUUUCCCAGCGAGAUUUUGGACCACGACAAAGAUGGUGAAGACAUCGGCUCCGAGGAGGGGCUUCUGCUCGAGGACGCCUCGUCAACGGAAUCAACUAUUGAACCCGAGGAGAACUCACCACACGAACUUGUUCGAGCUUCCGUGCCCCCGACUGAUAAUACGACCCUCUCAAUAAACACGCCUCGUAUGUGGUGCUUGUCGGUUCUCUUCUCCAUUCUUGGCUCUUCGACGAAUCUGUUCUUCUCAUUACGAUACCCAAGCGUUGCUAUUACCCCAGUCAUUGCACUGCUCCUGGUUCACCCUCUGGGACAUUUGUGGGACAUGGUUCUUAAACGACCCGACGACCCCGACCAUGUAUUUGUUGAUGGAGUCCGCACCCAGACUGUGAGUGAGGGAGCAGGCCAGACUCACCAAACGAAACACGCAACUUCGUGGCGCCAAUGGCUGGCACAGGGGAGGUGGAACGAAAAGGAGCAUACUUGCGUAUAUGUCAGUAGCAAUGUCGCGUUUGGUUUCGCAUUUGCGACGGAUGUCAUUGUCGAGCAGACUCAGUUCUACAAUCAGCCGGCGUCGAUUGGGUACCAGCUGCUCUUAACCAUAUCAACACAAAUCCUCGGUUACGGCUUUGCUGGCAUGGCUAGGAGAUAUCUGGUUCGCCCGAGUGGCAUGAUUUGGCCAGGUACCCUCAUGUCCGCGGCCAUGUUUUCCACGCUGCACAAGCAGGAUAACAAACCUGCCAACGGCUGGACAAUCAGCAGAUGGAAGUUCUUUUACAUUGUGUGGAGCGGCGCCUUUGCGUUCUACUUCUUGCCGGGGCUGUUGAUGCCUGCGCUCAGCUAUUUCAGCGUCGUCACCUGGUUUGCGCCCAAGAACGUCGUCAUUGCCAAUCUCUUUGGUGUGGCCUCUGGUCUGGGGCUCUUCCCCCUGACAUUUGACUGGGCGCAAAUCACAUAUGUUGGCUCCCCUCUCCUGGUCCCGUUCUGGGCUGCCAUGAAUGUCAUCGGCGGUCUCGCCAUUGUCAUGUGGAUCAUUGCGCCCGUCUUCUACUACGCCAAUGUCCUCUACACGUCAUACCUGCCAAUUCUAUCAACAGGUGUCUUCGAUAACACUGGUAAAAUCUACGACGUCAGCAAAAUCCUGACCCCUGAAUUUCUCUUCGAUAGGGACGCCUAUAAACAGUACAGCAGGGUGUUCCUUCCCGUGACGUACAUGCUCAGCUAUGGCAUGCAGUUCGCCGGCCUCGCUGCUCUUCUCACCCAUACCUUCUGCUGGCAUGGCAAGGACAUAUGGCGGACAUGGAAGAAUUCCAUCGAGGAAGCGCGCCAAAAUGGCAAACCUACGUAUCGACCCGUCCCAGAACCACAGUCACACCCAGUCUCGUCGUCAACGGGGAGCUUGGGUAGCGAGAAUUACAGCCGCUUUUCGGCCUCGACAUCCAACGUCGACAACCUCAUCAGCCGCGAAGACAUUCACUGCCGUCUGAUGAGUCGGUACAAGGACGCCCCGUUGAGCUGGUACUUGCUCACUUUUGUCUCCAUGACAGCCAUUGGCAUGUUUAUCGUCGAAUUCUACCCCGUCCAUCUCCCCUGGUACGGCCUCCUACUCUCCCUCGCCAUCGGCGCCAUAUUCUUCAUCCCCAACGGCAUCAUCAUGGCCGUCACCAACCAACACAGCAGCAUCUACCUCAUUUGCCAACUCAUCUGCGGCGUCGUGUUCCCUGGCCGCCCCAUUGCAAACAUGGUCUUUGUCACUUACGGCUACAUAUCCUCCGCGCAAGGCAUCAAGUUUGCGUCCGACCUCAAACUCGGGCACUACAUGAAAAUCCCGCCUCGGCUCAUGUUCCUCGUCCAAGUUGUCGCCACCCUCGUCUCGUCCGUCACGCAAAUCGGUGUGUUGAACUGGAUGUUCGCCAACGUCAAGGGCAUCUGCACUGCCGACGCCCUCAACGGCUUCACAUGCCCCAUUGCGCGCGUCCACUUCAACGGCUCCAUCCUCUGGGGCGUCGUAGGGCCAGGCGAGUUCUUCGGCCCCGGGGCCACCUACCGCGCCUUGGUCUGGUGUUUCCCGCUCGGCGCCCUCCUCCCCAUCCCGCUGUGGCUGUACGCGCGCAACAGGCGCGGCAGCGUCAUCCGCAAAGUCAAUCUGCCCGUCAUAUUCGGCGCAAUGUCAUGGAUCCCCCCCGCUACAGGCCUCAACUUCUCCGUCUGGGCCGUAGUCUGCUACGUCUUCAACUACCUGAUCAAACGGCGCGCAAACGCCUGGUGGGGCAAGUACACCAUGACCCUCAGCGCAGCUCUCGAUUCGGGACUGGCCUUUGGCAUCGUCGUCGUCUUCUUCGGCUUCUUGUACCCUGGGUGGAUGAAGGACUUCAAGUGGUGGGGUACAGAAGUGUACAAGCAAGGGUGCGAUUGGCAAGCGUGUAGCUAUAGAACGGUUCCAGAGGGCGAAACUUUUGGACCGGAUGUAUGGUGA